AUGCCCUCCACACCCACACUGAUCUUCAUGACCAUCUUUUGCCUGGUGUCACUGGCGUCUAUGUUGCAGAAUGGCUUCCUGAUCAUCGUGCUGGGCCGGGAGUGGGUGCAGAACGGGGUGCUGUCAGCUGCGGACAUGAUUGUGGCCUCUCUUGCUUCCUCCCGGUUUUGCCUGCAUGGGCUAGCCAUCCUGAACAAUCUCUUGGCCUCUUUUGGCUUUUGCUACCACGCAAACCUUCUUGGCAUCCUCUGGGACUUCACCAACACUUUAAUUUUGUGGCAGACCGCCUGGCUGGCCAUCUUCUACUGUGUGAAGAUCUCCUCCUUCUCCCACCCUGUACUCCUUUGGCUCAAGUGGAGGAUUUCCCAGUUAGUUCCUAGGCUGCUGCUGAGCUCCAUCAUCAUGGGUGGCCUGUCAGCCGUCGUAUCAACUACCGGGAACAUCUUUGCUAUUCAGAUGAUCAUCUCCCGGGCUUCCCUUGGAAACUGCACUCUUGGCCACAUGACUCUGGACUUCUUUCGGUACUGGUACUUGUCUCACGCAGUACUUAUGUGGCUCACUCCUUUCUUCCUGUUCCUAGUGUCUAUUCUCUCCCUCAUGUUCUCACUGUGCCGGCACAUGGAGAAGAUGAGGGACCGUAGGACCGGGCCUCGUGAUUUCCGUAUCCAAGCUCACACCAUGGCUCUGAAAUCCCUUACCUUCUUCUUCAUUUUCUAUAUAUUAUUUUUCCUGUCCCUGAUAAUUUUUGCCACGAAAGUCAAAACCAUGCAGAGUCACUGGUAUUGGGCCAGAGAAGUCACCAUCUACAUGGGCAUCUCUUUGAACUCCAUCAUCCUGGUGUUUAGCAACCCCAAGCUGAGAAAGACCCUGAAGAUGAGAUCUUAG